UGUUUUGAUAGACUGGAUUAUUAUCCCUCCUUGAGCGCUGAGCAUGACGUCAGUUGUUUAUAUUUUUCCUACACUUGAAUUUGGGGAAUUGUUAUCACUAUAAUUUUUAGUGGAUUUGUUUAGUUACUGAGUACCAAAAUCUACAUUGGACAAUGCACCAUUAGUUAUUACUCUUAAGGGGUGAAAGAUUGAGUUAUGGAAGAGGUGACACAGAAGCUUGGGGAAGAUUCAAAAUUUGAAGGCUUGGGUGAACCAGAGAAACCUGCGUCAGAAGCUUUACUAAUGAAGCCACCUACACCGGUAUUGAAAGUUGAGCGCGAAGGAAAUUGUUACUGUGGGAAGGAAAGAAACCUAAACAUUAUUGAACUGCUGUGUGCUAGCUGUAAUCGAUGGUUUCAUGAAUCAUGCAUAGGUUAUCAGCUUGGCAAACUUGUUCCAUUUAUGAUGAACUAUAUAUUUUUCUGCAAGAACUGUUCACCUACAGGAUUGGAAAGUUUUAAGAAAAACCAAGCAAUGUUUCCGCAGAUGUGUGUGACUGCGAUUGGUAACCUUACUCAAGCCAGUAUAAAGGAGGGUAAGCCUCGUACCAAGUUUAGUAAAGAAAGAGACAUCAUUCCUUUUAUUGAUGCUCACUGGGAGGGGAUGACAACAACUUCAAGGAGAGUUACUCAGUCAUGGCAUUCCACCGUACUAAGAUGCCUGAUGAAAGAGACAAACGUGAUGUUUGCAUGUGAAGACACGGAGGAGGGUCCCAUGUACAGUCUGCUCAACCUAGAACUGACCCAGAUCAAGCCUAAUUACGACGCCAUGAUACGGGGCGGCUCACUCAAGGUCACAGAUAUGGGAGUCCAACAAGUUAGUGGUCUGGGAGCAGGAAAGGGGCGUGGGGCCAAGCGGAAGGUGCCCGGAGAGGGAACAACGGGACCUGGGAAGAAAGGCCGCGGAGGAGAUGUCUCCGCCCCUAAACUUCCUGCCCAUGGUUACCCGAUGGAGCACCCCUACAACAAAGACGAGUAUCGUUAUAUUCUAGCAGAACCUGAUCCCCACGCUCCUUUUAGGCAGGAGUUCGAUGAGAGCAGUGACUGGGCUGGUAAGCCCAUCCCAGGAUGGCUGUAUCGCACACUGAGUCCCAACUCCGUAUUGCUUGCUCUACACGACAGAGCCCCUCAGCUCAAGAUCUCAGAGGAUCGGCUGGCAGUUACUGGAGAGAAAGGCUACUGCAUGGUGCGAGCCACUCACUGUGUGAGCCGUGGGGUUUGGUACUGGGAGGCCUGUAUAGAGGAGAUGCCUGAGGGAGCAGCUACAAGACUGGGCUGGGCUCAGGAAUACGCCAAUCUACAGGCUCCCCUUGGCUACGACAAAUUCGGCUACUCUUGGAGAUCUCGGAAGGGUACGAGAUUCCAUGAGUGCAGAGGGAAGCACUAUAGUCCAGGCUAUGGGGAGGGGGAUGUCCUUGGCUUCAUGAUCAUCUUGCCUGAGGAACGCAACGUUACUUACAUCCCACAGACUUAUAAAGACAGGCCCCUAGUGAAGUUCAAGAGCCACCUCUACUACGAGGAGAAGGAUCGGGUGACCGAGUCACUCAAGUCCCUCAGGCAGCUAUCUGGCAGCAAGCUCGUGUUCUUCAAGAAUGGCGAGUGCCAGGGGGUGGCAUUUGUAGACAUCUACGCUGGCUCCUACUUUCCAGCCCUGUCCAUCCAUAAGAGUGCAACGGUCAGUGUCAACUUUGGACCCACCUUCAAGUGUCCACCUGUCACCGACUACAACUACCGAGGGAUGUACGAGAAAGCAGAGGAAGCGAUCUGCGAACAGACAAUGGCUGACUUGCUGUACCUGACUGAGAACGAAGGCAAAUUACGUUUGGAUACGUAUUGUGUAUAGUAUCAGUAGACGGACACACGAUCAAUGUGACGUGUGUCCCAGUAGUUUGGUAAGCUGACUACUGUCUCCAAAAAGUUAAGUGAAUCAAUAGAAGGUAUAAAGGGUUGUGAAUGAAUUGGUUAUUACAUUCUGGUAAUAGAUGAAUUAGCUUCCAUCCCAGUUAACAGUUUAGCUUAUGUCUGAGGAAUAAAGAAUUCCUAGAUAUAUGGUUCCUAUAGCAAUAAUUUUUGUAUCAACUGCCAAGUACAAAGCGGAUUGAUGAAGCGGUUGGUCAUUGUCUGUAUUAGACUGCUUGUGAAGAAAAUUUUGUUGUGUUAUAGCUCCAUAAAAUGUUGUAAGCAUUUAAGUAUUUUAUAUAUUAACUUUUUAUACAUUUUUAUAUGUUUUGUAAAUAACACAUUUUCAAACAAAAGUAAAUGCAAACUUAUAUUUGUGAUAGUUAUCUAAAUCACUGAUCUUAUGUUUGUGUAAUUUUAAUCUAAAUUAUUUCACAAGUUUUAAAUAUUAGUUUCUCUUUAUUCUCUUACAUUUAUUUUAGCAUUUUUACUUAAAUGUUAAAAGUUCUUAAUUCAUAAAUCGUAGACAGGUCUAAUAUUGUAAGAUAAAAGAUUUGUGGUUUAAAAUAUUUUUAAGAAAUGCUAUUACAAUGUUCAAUAACAUUGUUUUGAUUGUUGUGAUAUUGAAAAUCUUAUUUUGAAAACAUACAAUGGAAAUGUGCCUAUAACCCAAAUAUUAUAUGAAACAAAUGAACAUUAUUUGAAAUAAGUCAUGUAGGUCUUUUAUAUAUUAAGGUUGUGAUAUUCUGUAUGUGUAUUUGAAUAGAAUUCUAUAAAUCUUUAUUACUCUGA